AUGUUUUAUUCACAUUAAACCCAAACCAUAAACUGUUUAGAGAUUCUGUUCAUGAAUGCUAAUCUAUAUUAACUUAAGAAGCUUGAAGUAAUUGUUUUUGUAUUAUUAAUAUAGAAUGAUAUAAUCUUUGAAUACAUCCAGCGAACGAACGACAGUCACAAGGAAGGUUUUUUAAAAGAACAAAAUAAUAGACUCUUGAAUACAAAUUAUAAAUGA